UCUUCAGUGUUUCAUUUUGCUCAGUAAGCAGCAAGUUAGAUCUCUUCAGUAGGACCUUUUCAAAAUAAAUAAUUUUUCUUUUCUGCCUUUACAAUAAAAUUAAACUAGCCCUUUUUCACAAAUAAAAUAGAGAAUAAAUUCUCAUUUAAAGUUCGAUAAAAUUAUAAAUCGAGAUACUCGAGAUACCCACACCUGAGGAAGUCUGGACUACAAGUACCAAAAGGACUACGGCAAGACGAUACUGACGACCAAACCAGAAGUGCGGAAGUGGACACAAUCAAGGGCGACCCAACAAUACUAAUCAGCCAUCGACCUUAGCCAACUAAUGAAUGGAACAACGAGUUUAAAUAAUUCUCCAAGAAGUGCAACCAUGUCACUUUUCCCAGAACUGUCGGCCGGUGAUCAGAUUGGUCCAAGUCAAAGCUCGCAUAGCGUUCCAUCGGUUGGAGGUGAAGCAACGUUCUCCGAUCCCUCCAUCGAGGAGAAGAUAUCACUGAAACAACACUGUGAUAAAAGCAGGCGGCGUGCAUUUCCAAUGCGCUUGCGAAUACCUUUGCAAGAUUUGUGGAGUUUUCGUCGAAUACGAAAGCAGAGAAAGAAAUCCCAGAAAGCUGAAACGGACGAUAAAAGCAGCGGACAUGAAAUUGAACGCGGCAAAAUUGCUGACAGCCUAAGUAAUCGAAGUAGUAAUCAAAAUCUAGACCAGAAUAGGCAUGAUUUUGACGUAAAUCUAACAUGCCCAGUAUGCUUUCACGAAAAGGAAAACGAUAGGUUCCCAAGACUUUUGAUGUGUGAGCACAGAUGCUGUUUUGAUUGUCUGCGGAAUUAUAUUUCCACUGAAAUUUGUGACUCCAGAGUAAACAUAACAUGCCCCGAAUGCCCAAAAAUGAUACAUCCGAAUGAUAUACGGUUUAUUUUGAACGAUGUUAUUCUAACCACGAAAUAUGAAUUGUUCAUGCUUCGUCGCCAUUUGACAUGUGAACCAGAUACUCGCUGGUGUCCAGCUGCAGAUUGUAAUUACGGAGUCAUUGCAGCAGGCUGUGCUAGUUGUCCGAGACUUGAAUGCGAACGACCUGGUUGUGCAACAAGUUUCUGCUACCACUGCAGACAGAAAUGGCACCCAAACAAAACUUGUGACGAUGCACGGACUGAACGAGUUUCGCUAAUAAUGAAAGCUUCAAACAGCGAGGAGUUACAGCCUCUGGACACUAAACCUUGUCCGAGGUGUAAUGCAAUGAUCGCGAAGUGUGACGAUGGCUCCUGUAAUCACAUGACUUGUGUGAUCUGCGGAGCUGAAUUUUGUUGGCUCUGCAUGAAGCAAAUUUCCGAUCUGCAUUACUUGAGUCCAUCUGGUUGCACGUUCUGGGGCAAAAAACCCUGGAGCCGAAAGAAGAAAGUUCUCUGGCAAAUUGGAACACUUAUUGGUGCCCCACUUGGAAUUGCUCUCAUUGCGGGCUUAACAAUUCCAGCGAUGAUGAUAGGAAUCCCUAUUUACGUCGGAAGAAAGUUAUUUAAACGUUACAACACUACCCAUUUUAGAUCGAAGAGUCGCCGAAACGUGAUAGUAGUUGUCGGUGUCACUGCCUCAAUCAUUGUUGCUCCAGUUUUAGCGGCUUUGACCGUAAGUGUAGGAGUUCCUAUUUUGCUUGCUUACGUUUAUGGAGUUGUGCCCAUUUCGCUGUGCCGAACAGGUGGCUGUGGCAUUACGAAAACCGAAAACGGAGUUAGGUUGGACAUGGACGAACAGUUCGAAGGAGCAGCAAUGAGCGCAUACGCAAGAGGAGACUCAGUUGGAACCAUUAGUAGCUCGAAAAGCGAAAGGAAGUUAUCAAAUAGUGCAUCUGUAAGCGCCACAGUUGCAUCUGGAAACAGCUCUGGUUGGGAUUUACGAAAAAUUGGAACGAGUGAUAAUGGAGAUGCUGAUUCUAGAAAAUCGGUCAAUACUCGCAAGCUUUCCAUUUUGUCUGAAAAUGCUACCGAAGAAGAAUCCAGAAAAAUUGGCAGUUCAAACAAGAAUGGGAUGAGUGCGAGUAUUGUUCAUAUUGAAAGGGAGAACGAUUGCGUCUCAAAUACAGCGAUAGCUGGCGAAUCUCUAACAGGAUCAAUUUGCGGAUCCACGGGUUAUAACCCAACGUUCAAAAUUCGUAAAAACAGCAUUGGCAGCGAUUCGAUGAACUUCAGUCUAUGUGACAACGUAUCGAACAUAACAUACCCUGAGUCACUGGCAGGAGCAAUCAUAGAUACUAACAGCUCAUGUAACCAGAAUCCGAACUGCUCAACAGUAACCGAAGAAGGAACAUUUGAUCGAGAACACUCGGCAGUGAAGCCAUCAGUUGAUUUGAAACCGAAGACGACUAAGCCUAAGUUUGUACAUUCCCAGAAUGCUAAAUCAGUGUCGGGUCAAACAGCAAUGGGAACUAGCGCGAAGCAUCAGCGCAAGACACGCAUUGUUGAAGGGGUGCCUGGACGUAAUUCAGUUUCGGACAAACAGACUAGCAAGAAACCGCAAUCAUUGUCUGCGGCGACAGGAAACAGUUUGUCUACUCCGUCCUCAGGAUCGAGUGGUACUUCGAAAAAGAUGAACACAAAAACUGCAGCAUCUCUUCAUGGCCAAAAGAAAUCAGAAUCGUCGACGCGAGGAGCAUCCGAACAAGGCAGUUCAUCACAGGUAGCCAAGAAGAGUUCAUUUUCAAAUAAAAGCUCAAAACUCUCGCCAAACAAUUCUCCAGUUAAAGUCACAGAUCCUCUCAUCUCAAAGAGCAGCGGAAGCUCAAAAAGGAAAUAGUAUGUAUUUGUGUAUCAUAAAUCAGCAUGCGAAACAAAAAAUGCUGUAUUUUGCAACAAUAAACUUAUUUUACAUUUAAAAUUUAAAAUUAGAAAUUCGCUAAUUAGUCUUGUCUAAUUUCUUUUCCUAUCUCACUAUAUUAUCCUUCCCUCGCCUUUAUGAGAAAGUUGAAGUUGACGUGUAUUAUAUAUAUUUAAAGAUGUCUGCAACUUUCACGAAAUCUUCUUAUAUAUAUUCGCAUUUGCGUGAGCAAGUAUAUUUAAAAAGUGGAGUUAUAUUUUUGUUCAUGAAAAAAUACUAAUUAAAUUUGGAGAUAUUUCCGCCAUUUCCCGUGUACAAAUAUGCUCUCCAUAAAAUAACAAUGGGAUAGGGUUGAUUCUCAAUAAAAGAUUAAGAACGGGGAAAGUGGAAUUAAAAUACAUCCGGUUUCGCUGGACAUGUUUCUGAUCCUGGUGCUAUCGUUUUUCUAUUUUGGAUGCUUAUUCAUGACGAAAAUUUACGACUUAAUUCGAUGAUAUUUGUAUUAGUGUGAACAGAAUCUUUGAAAACCUAAUAGCAUGUCUUUAUGAUGGUUUAAAUGAAUCUGCAUUGACCAAUGGCUUGGAGGUUUUUUAUCGCUUCAAAUUUGUUGAUUGAAUAGACGUAUGAUAUUCAAAUUGUUAUCAUAUUCUCUCAGAAAUAGCAUUGCGACUGCGCAGGGGGUCCUAAAAUGGUACAUGUUUGGGUCAUCGCCUUAGAACAGACAAAUAUGAAUAGACAAUUUGAAUGGUUGGUAUUUGCAUUACCAUUACAGUCGGCUAGUCAAAUAGAAUGGACAGAUAAAUUUGACCAAUCAAUAUUUAUAAAGUCUAUUUCAAUUUGUGCUGAGUUAUGAGCAUUCAAUAUCAGAGUUUGUUCGAGUGGUAAAUAAGGUUUCUCACAGCUGAAUUUCAGUUUUCAUUCGAGGAAUAAACUUUGAUGCAUAUGAAUGUAGUCGACCUUGCUCAACUGUUUAUGAUACUGACUGGCUGCUUCAAUGAACUGCGCUGAAGAUGCAUUGUUACACCUUCUAUACUAGAAAUAACUUUUUGGAACAGUUUAUUUUCUUUGAAAAUAUAUUAUUGCUCAAAUAGCCUGUGGCGUGUGUCCUGCAAACAUCCCUUUAGCAAUCCAAAGUGUUUUGCCAAAAUAUAUACAUAGCAUGACAAAAAAUGCCUACCGCUCUCUGGCUAAAGUGAAAAUCAAAUAUGCAGAAAUUUCAUUUUAAUUGUCUGCAUUAUGUAAAAAUAGUCGUCUCAACUCAUAUUUCUGAAAUAAAUUGUUGCUAAAUAGAAUAUUUUCGUGCUCUUUAAAACUUUUUAAUAUAGCUGUUCUCUGACACAUUUUGCGAGUUUUCUUGCUUGGCCUUUCCUUCAUGUGAGAAAAGUCAAAAAUAAAGUACAAAACAUUGCCUAUUUAGGCGAUGUGUGAUGUUAUGCUAUUAAUCGGAAGAUAAACAUAAUAAAACAUGCUUACAGCUUACAUUAGUUUUAGAAUUUAAAUUCAACGUUUCAUUGUA